UGUGUGAACGCCAAGUAACUUCUCCAAAUAUUGGUACCGAAUUCGAUAAUAAAAUAAUAUGUAUGCUUCCCACUAUUCCUAAAAUCAAAACCGAAGCACUACUCAUCGGCUUCGCACCUUUCUCGAUCUAUCUCUAUCUCUAUGAGAGUUUCGAAACCCUAACCCUAGUUUUGAUACACUCGCUUCUUCGGAUUCUAGUAUUUGAAUAUUGAAAUUAUUCGAUGAAUUAUCAAGUCUCUUUCAUCAAAUCUCGAUUGUAGAUUGUCACCCACACUCUCGUGUUGGAGAAUCAGCGGAUUGAUUCGAGAUUUCGCGGAAGGAGGUGGAUCGAUCUGAAGAAUCGGUGGUUCUCGCUCGUCGGGGUUGAAUUCGUUUGCAAAGCUUCAAGGCGGUGCGGAUUUGUCAGAUUCAGCGUCCAUCAGAAGAACCGGUUGUUCGCUGUGGUUCGGCAUCUGAAGGAAGGGGCUUAUUCGAUCGUCGCUCUCAUCUGCCAGAUCUGAUCGAUUUCUCGACGAUCGGUGGCGUACAUACAGUCUCUUCAACGAUUUGUUUUCUCAUCGGAGGCAUAGAUUGUAAUUUGAAGGAUUCUCCUUUGAAGAUAUUGCGAUUUGCAGGAGUCUACGCGUUGGUUUGAUAUUUUUUGAGUUAUUGAAGAGCUAGAAGAAAAGAAAAAAGAAAAGAAAAGAAAAAAACAAAAGCUUCUUUUUCUUGUACUGUUGUUUGAGUUCAAUAUCAGGCCUUUAUUUUUAUUAACGGCCUUUCAAUUUUUAGGGCUUUGUGUUUGUUGUUGAUUUCUCUUUAUUUUUAGAGCAAAGAGGGGAAGAAAUUUCUUUAAAAAAAUAUGGCUGUGUAUUAUAAAUUUAAAAGUGCAAAAGAUUAUGAUUCAAUUCCAAUCGACGGUCAUUUCAUAUCAGUUGCGAAUUUGAAAGAAAAAAUAUUUGAAUCCAAGCAUUUGGGCAGGGGUACCGAUUUUGACCUCGUUGUCACCAACGCGCAGACUAACGAAGAGUAUCUUGAUGAGGCAAUGUUGAUUCCCAAAAAUACAUCUGUUUUAAUUCGUCGAGUUCCUGGACGCCCUCGCAUGAACAUAGUUACCGAACCAGUUAUUGAACAAGACGAGCCAAAGUUGGAAAUUAAUAAGUCUGACGAUGCUCAACCACUAAACAAUAGUUUCCUAGGAGCUGAUUCAUCUGUCACAAAAUAUCCUGAAGAUUCAGAAUGGGAUGAAUUUGGAAAUGAUUUGUAUGCAAUUCCUGAGGUUUUACCAGUUCAGGCUAGCAAUCCAAUUCAGGAUGCUCCCCCUUCUAGCAAAGCUGACGAGGACAGCAAGAUCAAGGCUUUAAUCGAUACUCCAGCGCUGGAUUGGCAGCGUCAAACUUCUGAUGGCUUUGGCCCUGGUAGAGGUUUCGGGCGGGGUAUGGGUGGAAGAAUGAUGGGUGGUCGUGGUUUUGGUCGGGGAGGAGGUGGGUUGGAGCGGAAAAACCCUCCACAGGGUUACAUAUGUCACAGAUGUAAAGUGCCUGGGCACUUUAUUCAACACUGUCCUACUAAUGGUGAUCCGAAUUUUGACAUCAAAAGAGUGAAACCUCCUACGGGUAUUCCGAAGUCUAUGCUAAUGGCAACUCCAGAUGGCUCUUAUGCACUACCGAGUGGUGCUGUAGCUGUUUUAAAGCCGAACGAGGCUGCUUUUGAAAGAGAAAUUGAAGGAUUGCCUUCAACUCGUUCUGUUGGUGAUCUUCCACCUGAACUUCACUGUCCUUUGUGUAAAGAUGUUAUGAAAGAUGCAGUGCUGACUAGCAAGUGCUGUUUUAAAAGCUUUUGUGAUAAAUGUAUAAGAGACCACAUCAUAUCUAAGUCAAUGUGUGUCUGUGGGGCCACAAACAUACUAGCAGAUGAUCUUUUGCCCAACAAGACACUUCGAGAUACAAUCAAUAGAAUAUUAGAGUCUAAUAAUAGCAGUGCAGAAAAUGGUGGAAGUGCUUUCCAAGCCCAAGAUAUGGAGUCUAAGAUUCCCCAGCCUAAGAUGGAGCCUAAGGUUCCAUCCCCUACACAGUCUGCAGCAUCAAAGGGGGAGCAAUUACCACCACCUCAAUAUACACAUUCUGCAGUGUCAAAGGGGGAACAAUUACCACCACCUCAAAAUGAAGAGAUUUCAAAGGUAAGAGAUGCUGCAGAUCAGGGAACUAUUCUCAGUGCUCCUCAGAAGACCUUGGAGAAGGGGAGGACAGGAAAAGUUCCAAAUGCCUCUGAAGCUACACACGAUUCCAUGAGUAUGAAGGAACCUGCAUCACAGGGUAGUGCUCUGCUGGCUGAUGAAGAAGUGCAACAGAAGCUAGUUUCUGGUGAGGCAGGAAAGAAGAAGAAAAAGAAGAAACCCCGGUUGCCUUUGAAUGCUGCGGAGAUGCAGUGGAAAAUGUCUCAAGACCUUGCUGCUGAGAACUAUAUGAUGCCUAUGGGCCCUGCUGCUUAUAAUCCGUAUUGGACUGGCAUGCAACCUGGCAUGGAAGGAUAUGGAGCUCCGUAUGGUGGAGCCCCAUUUGGUGGUUCCCUACCCUUUAUGGGUUAUGGGCUCGGUCCUUUAGACGUUCCAUUUGGUGUACUACCUCAGGACCCAUUUGGAGCACAAGGUUACCAUAUGAUGCCUCCAAUCCCACCUCAAAGGGAUCUUGCGGAUUUUGGGAUGGGCUUCAAUCCUGGACCCCCCAUCAUGAGCAGAGAGGAAUUUGAAGCUCGGAAAGCUGAUCUAAGGAGGAAGCAUGAAAUGGAGAGAAGGGGUGAAAGCAGGGAGUUAUCUAAAGAUCGGGAAUUCAGUAGAGAAGUGAGCAGCAGUGGCGAUGUUUCUUCGUUGAAAUCAAAAUCUAAGUCGGUUCCCCAACCGUCAAGUGGUGAGCACCAUAGCCACCGCCAACGAUCUGAGAGGUCAGUGCCGGAACGCCCUGUCCGUGACCGUGACCCUGAACUUCCACGCCCUUCUUCCAAGAGGAAGUCAGACUACGACUAUGACUACGACCACCGCGAUCGCGAUCGCGAUCGCGAUGACCACCACCACUCUCAUAGCAGCCACCACCACCGUUCAGAGUCCUCCUCAGCCGCCAGAUCAUCAUCAGCUACACUAGAACCACCACCACCAUUACCACAAUCCAAGUCCACAACUACCGAUCGGAAGCAGAAGCCAAGCGUCUUCUCUCGCAUCAGCUUCCCGGCCGAAGAACCACCGGCGACAUCUAAGAAGCGAAAGCUGUCUUCCUCCGAGGCGGCGGCUGGUGGCUCUGCGUCAUCGGCAGCUCAACACAGCCACAGGUCCUCUGCGAAUGGAUACCAUGAAGAUUACAAGACUUCGUCAUCGUCGCUGAAGGCGGUAUCGGUGUCGAGGAAGAGUGCUGCUGCUUCUGCUUCUGCUUCUGCUUCUGCGGCGGUGGCAGGUGUAGAUUAUGAGUCGAGCGAUGACGAUCGGCAUUUUAAGAGGAGGCCGUCGAGGUAUGAGUCGCCGCCGGCGGUGGUUGCGGCGGCGGAGUGGGAGGAGGAGGGGAGGCAUUCGAGAGGAGGAGGAGGAGGAGGAGGAGGAGGGAAACGCGAACGGGGAAGAGAUGAGAGGGAACGCGGUGGUUACAGCAAGCACAGGUGAAGUCGGUAGUUGAAACAAGUGGCGGCGUUUUACUCUCUGACUGGAAGUCAAAGCUCUGCUCCACCAGCCAACUGUCCAUAUGAGAGAGAGGGGAGAGAAACACAACACACACACUCUCUCUCUCUUCUCUCUCUCUCUUGCGAGUGAUGUAUAUGGAAGGCCCAAUUGGUGUAAUUGAUGGGGGAGAGAGAGUACUGCUUUAUAGAUGUCAUGCAAAAAAAUCCAUGAGAUUAGCUCUCUCUGUAUUUGCUUUUUACUAUGUUAUAAUAAAAUAUACAUUUUGCUUUUUA